CCCACUCCGCGCCAGUGAGGGCGACAUUGCAUUAUGUCUAGACGAGCGCACGUGUAGAAGAACAGCUACUUUUGCUUACACUGCUCAGUGCUUACACUUCUACUGUUUGUGGGUGAAGGUGCUUGCUGGUUCGUGUUGAAAUAAAGGUGUCGACGGAGGUGGGUUGCCAUGGCAUCACGAGCAGGACCGCGCGCUACCGGAACAGACGGCAGCGACUUUCAGCACCGCGAGCGCGUGGCGUCACAUUAUCAGAUGAGUGUGGCUCUGAAGUCUGAGAUCAAGAAGCUGAACAUCGCUCAUGCAGUGGUAUGGUUGCUUGUAGCAGCACAGGUGGUGGUCAGUCAGCUGAACUUGAUAUCCCAUAAAGUGGUGGCCUCUCCUUACCAAUGGGAAUACCCGUAUCUUCUGAGCAUCAUACCUACCGUCUUCAGUUUCAUGGCUUUGCCAAAAAACAACAUCAGUUACCUGGUCAUCUCAAUGAUCAGCGCCGGGCUUUUUUGUGUCGCUCCUAUUCUUUAUGGAGGGAUGGAGAUGUUCCCUGUGGCUCAGCAGCUUUAUCGGCACGGCAAAGCUUAUAGGUUCAUCUUUGGCUUCUCUGCUGUCACUAUAAUGUACUUAGUUUUGAUUAUUUCACUUCAAGUACAUGGCUGGCAGAUCUACUACAGCAAAAAGCUGCUGGAUGCCUGGUUCACCAGCACACAAGAUAAGAAGAAGAAAUAAGAGACUGCUGGAGAAUAACAGUUGCUUACAUGUGUCUUUGUUUUCUCUUCCUGAUGGCUCUUCAAUUACAUAAGUUUUUAUGAUUACCUGACUAAGUUAUUUGAACCUAAGAGGAGAUCAGAUAAAACCAGUAUGUUCAGUGUCAAGCUUCUCAUCCACUGGCUCUCGUCCCAGAUCAAGACGUCACUGAAGUCCGUUUCUGCUUGGGUUUGAACUGCUGGCUUUUGUAAUCUCUUUUUGU